CUCCACCCGCCCCCAGCUCAAGCCGCCGCCGCCGCCGCGGCCGCUCAGUAACACGUCCCCAGGAGACUCGCAGGAGCAACACGUGAUGUGUCUACUUAUCAGGGUGAGAGGGGGAGAGCGAGUCUCCGAGCGUGCGGGCAAGGAAGCGGGGCGGGGGGCCGAGACGGGGGCCGGGACGACGGCUGGGGCGCCGGGGUCGCCAGCUUCUCGCCCACCUCCCUCCCUGUGGGAGAAGAGGAGGAGGGGAAGUGACUGCGGAGUUGAUGAACUUUGCACAUCCAGAAACGCCAUUUUGAUUCCUUUUCCGGAACAAGUUUGCAUCUCUCCUCGUUCUCUCCCCUAAGCCCACCGGUCCCCACUGCAUCAUGCCUGGGAGCCAAGCACCCUGCCCGGCCGUAAGUAUGUGCCCCGGGUUCCGGCUCGCGGGACUUGGGUGGCAGAGAGAUGUCUGGGGCACAACAGGAGCGACCUUUUAAAGAACUUUUGGGGAUGGGGAGAGUGAAGUCUGCAGAGCGCGUUGUACUUUUGAAGUUCGGCGUCUCCGGGAGAGGAGGACCCGCACGCCCCACGCCGCGCGGCGUGCGCUUGGGGCGGUGGGGCCGGGCAGGGAUGAGCGGGGUAGCCCUCUCCCCUCGGGCUGCGUCGGGCCGCUCCUCCUCCUCGUCCUCCUCCCCUUCCUCCGCUCCUUUCCCCUUCCCGAGCUGCCGGCUCUGCCAACCAGCUCCCAGCGCGAGUCGCCGAAGCGCCGGGCCAGCAGGACCUGAUGCGCAUCCAUAUUAGCCGUCCAAGCGCAGGAAUCCGGCCCGACCCGCGCCGCCGAGUUUAUUUUUAACCAGCACCGCCGGGACUCGGAUGGUGCGCGCACCGCCGGCCAGAAACAUCUUCCCAGCGCUGCUCUCCAUCUUCCGCCCUCUCUCCCCCGACAUCCUCCCCCCCAUGUGGGAGGGGAAACUUUUCUCCUACAUACUUUCGAGUCCCUCUCGGGCCGGGAAGCGCGGAGAUGACGGCGCCUGCCCAACCGCCGCUGCCACCGCAAGGUUGCUCCGACUCUGUCCUCCAGGAGUAGUGGUUCUGAGGUGUGACCCUGCCCACGUCUGGGCCCAGCCAGUGCCAGCUCCUCAGUAAGGAGGGCAGCUUGAUAACACAAAGAAAGCAGUGUCCACGAGUGGCACCAAGAGAAAGAAAAACAGGUCAACCCAGACUCCUUUCCUACCCCAUGUGGAUGACAGCUAUUGUGGGGGGAAAUUUCACAGUAUAUCAAUUGGGACAGAAGAUGGAGUUUUAUGGCAGAGGCUUCUUAGAAGCUUAAACCCUUGUUCCAAUGACGUCGAGUUUGCCUGUUGGCUUGGAAGGUUCAGACCUGUCUUCCAUCAAUACCAUGAUGUCAGCGGUAAUGAGUGUAGGGAAGGUCGCUGAGAAUGGCGGGAGUCCGCAGAGCAUCAGGUCCCCUGCGAAGCCUCCAGGACCAAACCGGAUUGGCAGAAGGAACCAGGAAACGAAAGAGGAGAAGUCUUCCUAUAACUGCCCUCUGUGUGAAAAGAUUUGCACCACCCAGCACCAGCUGACUAUGCACAUUCGCCAGCACAACACGGACACUGGAGGAGCUGACCACUCAUGCAGCAUCUGCGGGAAGUCACUGAGCUCAGCCAGCUCCCUGGAUCGCCACAUGCUAGUGCACUCAGGCGAGAGGCCUUACAAGUGUACCGUGUGUGGCCAGUCAUUUACCACCAAUGGGAACAUGCACAGACACAUGAAGAUCCACGAGAAGGACCCUAACAGUGCCACAGCGGCGGCCCCACCGUCUCCUCUGAAGCGCAGGCGGCUGUCCUCCAAGAGGAAGUUAAGCCACGAUGCUGAGGCAGAAAGAGAAGACCCAGCACCAGCUAAAAAGAUGGUAGAAGACGGACAGUCAGGUGACUUGGAAAAGAAGGCUGAUGAAGUCUUUCACUGCCCAAUAUGUUUCAAGGAGUUUGUUUGCAAGUAUGGACUGGAGACCCACAUAGAGACCCAUUCGGAUAACCCACUAAGAUGUGACAUUUGCUGCGUCACCUUCCGAACACACCGAGGACUGCUGCGCCACAAUGCACUUGUCCACAAGCAGCUUCCCAGGGAUGCAAUGGGAAGGCCUUUCAUACAGAACAACCCUUCGAUUCCUGCUGGCUUCCAUGACUUAGGAUUCACUGACUUUCCCUUGCUUUUGCUGGUGGUUUUCACACAGGCCUGGUGCGAAACGAACCUGCGAAGGUGCAUCAGCGAGCAGCAUCGCUUUGUCUGUGACACCUGCGAUAAGGCAUUCCCCAUGCUCUCCUCCCUUGCCUUGCACAAGCAGACCCAUGUCGCCGAGGACCAGGGUCAGGAAAAACUGCAGGUCAAGACCCUGCCUGGUGACGCCCUGGACCAGAAGGUCUUCCUGGCCUUGCUGGGCCUGCAGCACACCAAAGAUAUAAGGCCUGUCCCUGCCGAGGAGCCCCCGCCAGACGACAACCAGGCAAUACAGCUCCAGACACUCAAGUGUCAGCUACCUCAGGACCCCGGCUGCACCAGCAUGCUGCGUCUGUCUCCUUUUGAAGCUGCUUCCCUGGGCAAUUCUCUCACUGUCCUCCCAGCAACCAAGGAGAACAUGAAGCAUCUGUCCCUGCAGCCCUUCCAGAAGGGCUUCAUCAUCCAGCCAGACAGCAGCAUUGUGGUCAAGCCCAUCUCUGGAGAGUCAGCCAUUGAGCUGGCUGAUAUCCAGCAGAUUCUGAAGAUGGCAGCCUCGGCUCCCCCUCAGAUCAGUCUUCCGCCUCUCUCCAAGGCCCCUGCUGCCCCACUGCAGGCAAUUUUUAAGCACAUGCCCCCUCUGAAGCCAAAGCCCCUAGUCACACCGCGGGCAGUGGUGGCCACCUCCACACCCCCGCCUCUCUUCAAUGCCCAGCAGGCCUCCCCUGGGUCCAUCAGCCCCAGCCUCCCGCCACCACCCCUGAAGCUGCUCAAAGGCUCGGUGGAAGCAGCCUCCACGGCCCACCUGCUGCAGUCCAAGUCUGGGGCCCAGCCAAACUCAGCCACACAGCUCUUCCUGCAGCAGCCGCGAGCAGAGUUGCCCGGCCAGCCCGAGAUGAAGACGCAGCUGGAGCAAGACAGCAUCAUUGAGGCUCUUCUGCCACUGAGCAUGGAAGCUAAGAUCAAGCAGGAGAUCACCGAGGGGGAGCUCAAGGCCAUCAUGACAGCGCCUGGCAGCAAGAAGACUCCUGCCAUGCGCAAGGUGCUCUACCCCUGCCGCUUCUGCAACCAGGUGUUCGCCUUCUCCGGGGUGCUGCGCGCCCACGUGCGCUCCCACCUGGGCAUCUCGCCCUAUCAGUGCAACAUCUGCGACUACAUUGCCGCUGAUAAGGCCGCGCUCAUCCGCCAUCUGCGCACUCACAGUGGGGAGCGGCCCUACAUCUGCAAGAUCUGCCACUACCCAUUCACCGUCAAGGCCAACUGCGAGCGGCAUCUGCGCAAGAAGCACCUCAAGGCCACCCGCAAGGACAUCGAGAAAAACAUAGAAUAUGUGAGCAGCAGCGCGGCAGAGCUGGUGGACGCCUUCUGUGCCCCGGACACCGUGUGCCGGCUGUGCGGGGAGGACCUGAAGCACUACCGCGCCCUGCGUAUCCACAUGCGCACGCACUGCGGCCGCGGCCUGGGCGGUGGCCACAAGGGCCGCAAGCCCUUUGAGUGCAAGGAAUGCAGCGCCUCCUUCACGGCCAAACGCAACUGCAUCCACCACAUUCUCAAGCAACACCUGCACGUGCCUGAGCAUGAUAUUGAGAGCUAUGUGCUGGUGGCUGAUGGUGGCCUAGGCCCUGCAGAGGCACCGUCUGCCGAGGCCUCGGGCAGGGGUGAGGAGGGAGGCUGCACCGCCUUUGGGGACCACAAACCCCUUGCGGCCUUUCUGGAACCCCAAAAUGGCUUUCUUCACGGGGGCCCCACCCAGCCUCUAACGCCUCAUGUCUCAGUUAAGUUGGAGCCUGCCAGCAGCUUUGCAGUGGACUUCAAUGAGCCCCUGGACUUUUCUCAGAAGGGCCUGGUCCAAGUAAAGCAGGAAAAUGGCUCCUCCUUCUUGAGCCCUUCCUCCUUGGUCCCCUAUGACUGCUCCAUGGAGCCUAUUGACCUGUCUAUCCCCAAGAACGUCAGGAAAGGAGACAAGGAUCCAGAUAGUCCCACUGAAGCCAAGAAGCCUGAGCAGGAAGCAGGGAGUGGCGAGCAGCCCUCUUGUCCACCACCCACCCCUUCCCUGCCAGUGACUUUGGGGUCCAGUGGGAUCCUGGAAAGCCCCACCGGCCCUACAGUGGCUGUUACGACAGCCACCACCCUGGACCCCCACACUCAGCCCCUCCAGGGCUCUGUUCAGCUGGCUGUCCCCAUCUAUUCCUCAGCUCUUGUCAGCAGCCCUCCCCUCUUGGGCAACUCAGCCCUUCUUAGUAGUUCAGCCUUGCUGCGGCCACUGAGGCCGAAGCCCCCACUGCUCUUGCCAAAGCCACCUGUGACAGAAGAGCUGCCUCCACUGGCCUCCAUUGCCCAGAUCAUCUCAUCUGUGUCCUCAGCUCCUACCCUGCUGAAAACCAAGGUGGCAGACACAGGGCCCACAACCACCGGGAGUAACCCAGCUUCAGAUGGCUUAGGAGGCUCCAUCCCUAAAGCCACCACAGCCUCCACUGAUACCACAAGCCUAAAAGAGUCCAGAGACCCAUCCCCUCCUGCCAGCAGCCCGGAGGCACCCUCACCCACUGAGCAGGGGCCAGGUGGCCCAUCAAAGAAGAGGGGCCGGAAAAGGGGGACAAGGAGCCGGCCCCAAGCCAACAGUGGGGGGGUGGACCUAGACUCCAGUGGGGAGUUUGCUAGCAUUGAGAAGAUGCUAGCUACCACGGACACCAACAAGUUCAGUCCAUUUCUGCAGACCCCUGCUUCAGGUCAGAAACCCUUCCCUUGUCAAAAAUGCGAUGCCUUCUUUUCUACCAAAUCUAACUGUGAACGCCACCAGUUGCGCAAACACGGAGUUACCACCUGUUCCCUGAGAAGAAACGGGCUUAUCCCCCAGUCAAAAGAGAGUGAUGUUGGAUCCCAUGAUAGCACAGAUAGCCAGUCAGACGCAGAGCCGUUGGCCACGGCAGGCGAAGUGCUAGAUCUCACCUCAAGGGACAGGGAGCAGUCGCCAUCCCAGGGAGCCGCUGAGGUUGGCCAAGGUGCAGGGGACCACCCUGCAGAGGAGGCCGAGGCAGGGAUAGACUCCCCUGUGAACAAGGAAGAGAAGGGUGCCCAGGAGAACCAGGGGCCAGAGGAGGAACACAGCACAGAGGAGAGAGCCCAGGACACCGAUGGCACUGAUGGUGCAGAAGAAGACACGGCCAGCAACAAGAGCCUCGACCUGGACUUCGCCAGUAAGCUCAUGGACUUCAAGCUGGCUGAGGGCGAGGCAGGCACCAUGGGCAGUGAAGGCCCUGCCCCUCAGGACCAGAAGCAUGCCUGUGACACCUGCGGGAAGAGCUUCAAGUUCCUGGGCACCCUGAGCCGCCACAGGAAAGCACAUAGCCGUCAGGAGCCCAGGGAUGAGAAGGGUGCACUGCCUCCAGAGGGUGAGGGUGGAGUGGUGGAGAGGCCACCACCCAGCCCUGAGCCAGAGGAAAAGCCCACCGAGCCCACAGCGGUGGUGCUGGAGCCAGCAGUGGAUACAAGGGAAGCCUCAGUAGAGAAGCAAGGCGAGGAGGAGGCUGACUGCCCCUCUGAUGGGGAGGGCACAGUGGAGAAGAGGUCUUCGGAGAAGAGUGAUGAUGACAAGAAACCAAAGACAGACUCCCCCAAAAGCGUGGCCAGCAAGGCGGACAAGAGGAAGAAAGUCUGCAGCGUGUGCAACAAACGGUUCUGGUCACUGCAGGACCUGACCCGCCACAUGCGGUCCCACACAGGGGAGAGACCAUACAAAUGUCAGACCUGCGAGCGAACCUUCACCUUGAAGCACAGCCUAGUUCGCCACCAGCGGAUCCACCAGAAGGCCAGGCACACCAAACACCAUGGGAAGGACAGCGACAAGGAUGAGCGGGGCGAGGAGGACAGCGAGAAUGAGUCCACUCACAGUGGCAACCCGGUCUCAGAGAAUGAGGCCGAGUCAGCUCCCAACACCAGCAACCACGUGGCCGUCACCCGGAGCCGGAAAGAGAGCUUGGCCAAUGCGGCCAAGGAUUGCUGCCGCAGGGAGGAGAAGGUCACAGCGGAGCCGGUGGCCGAGCCCACCCGGGGUGACCCUGACCCGGAAAGCCCCACAGCCCUGGUGCCAGACCUGCUGGAGCCCCGCAGCAAGAGGCCUACCCACCCCAUCCUGGCCACCGGCGACGGGGCCGCGCAGCUGCUGGGGAUGGAAUGACAGCCCGCCAGUCCCCCUCAGCACACAGACACAAGCCAGCAGAGCAGAGCAUCCGAAUCUGUACUUCAUGAGGUUUCCUCUGUGCUCUCUGCUUGCCAGGGAGUGAGAACGAGAGACGAGCAAGAGCGUGGCCCCCCCAGUGCCAUAUCCUCACCGUAGGCGUGCGAGGCCACAGUGCAUGCCGCGUCCAGUGCCUUAACUACUUACCGGAUCCUGCCACCUCGUCGUGAGUGUGGUGUUUUUCCAAAAUGACUUCUUUAAAAAACAAAUAUUUUAAUGAAUUGUCUGGAGAGGACCUCUUCAUUUGAGCAUUAAUAUUACCUUUUGUAUUGGUGUGCGUGUGAGCUUGUUCUUGUGAAUCUGUGAUAGUACUGUUUGUUCUGUGAGCUGGAAACAGAAGAAAAAAAAAAACAUACCCCUGAAUACCCAUAGCCAAUAACUGGAAGAAAAUGAUGAUGUGAAUUUCAUAUAAGUGACCAGAGGAGAGAUGGAUAAGAUGAUAAUUUCUCAAAUAGACCUUUUUUCCCCCCUGUUUGCUACAUGGUAGAGCUGCCGUCUGGUCCUUGGUAUUACAGGAUGUGGUUGAUGAAGGUUUCCAAUAUGGUUUCAAGCCAGGAAAGAUUCUAGCUUCAACCUCGUGUUUCUAUUCUUUCAGCGUUAGACAUGGUUACUGUUCAAGUUUUAAGACAUUUGUUCUUAAUUUACAGAGAAGAGUUAACCCCCCUGCCCACCCCACCAGCAACUUAGCUAUGGAAAACCUAUAUGGAUGGCAUAUAUUUGAUUUUCCCUCUCUCUCCUUUCAGUAUAUGUAUUAUUAUUAUUAUUAUUAAUAUUAUUUUUAGUUCAUCAGUUUCCUGGUCUCUGCAGUCAGCAGAAACAAAUGGGCAAUAUUUGUCCUGGGAGACCUGUGCUGCCUCUGGGUCCCUGUAAACCUUUGCCUGUGGCUGCCGCUGGCACCCUUGGGUGGUAGCUCUUCUACUGUACUCAGACAAGCCUUUCUUUCAUGACUGCAGAAUCCAGCAGGGGCCAUGAGCGGUCGUCCCAAACACGGCCGAGGAGAGCAGCUUAGAGAAGGGAGAGUGUGGAUGCAUGCGUCCAGGGAGCAGCAUGGAGAAGGGGGAAGCCAGGGUGUGCCCGGAGCACUGCAGAGAUGGCUUUUGAGAAAGCAAGGCAGUGAGGAGCGCCUUACUCACCAGCAGGGUAUCCCCAGUCUUCCUGCUAAGCCCGGUCCAAGCCUUACCCAGCUGUGCUACUGUCAUUUGCAAAGCGAGGAAAUACUACUACUGGUAACAAAACUACACAUGCAAGAUGUCAAAUGAGAAACAGGUGUAUACUUAACCUUCCUGCGAUUCGGGGUUGGUGCUUAAACAUAAAUAUGCUAUUCCUAAGUUUCUUAAAUAGCUCAAACCCUUGGGUGCAAAAAGGCAGGAUUCUUCUUACCCACGAGCAUCCUGUGCAGGCGAUAAGCCUCCCUCACUGUGGCCUGCAGCGAGGGGAAUACAUCCUACUGUAGCUGAGCUCGGGCAGUGUCCUGCAGCCAGGACCUGGACGCCCGGGCCAGCCUGCUGCCGGGGACCCCCUGUGUUUGCUCCACUUGGAGCCUCCUGCCUCCCCUGGGGAGGCAUCCCUCUGCCCCAGCGUCCCUCCCCGGCUCUCUAUGGCCCCAUGGGCUCAUUUACUUUUAGAUUGUGUGCACAAAGACAACACGCACCCCCUUUUCUCCACCCAUUUCUGGUGGCUGAAAUCCAACCUGCCAGACUUCAACGGAAGAUAGAUAGUCUUGAGGUAGUGAAAAGUGAUAUCUUUGCAUAUGAAAGGAAAAAGGUUGAGGUAUAUAUGAUUUUUAACUGUAUUAGGGAUGUAUGAACCAGUUUUAAAAUGAAGUUUUAUUUACUGUAGAGAUGAAUGCAAAUCAGAACCAAUGAUCCCUUUGGUCUACUUAGUUAAAACCAGUUCAUACAUCCCUUAGUGGUUUUUUUUUAUUAUUAUUACGAUUGUUAUUGUUAUUUUUGUUGUUAUUAUUAUUUGGGGUUUCUUUGUGUUUUGUUUUUCUUUGCAACUCUCCACACUAAACUCGCAAUAUUGUGGGGAGGAGCCGUGACUAAACGCUACGCUGCGGUGAGAUGUAGCAGUAAUCAGCUCCCAGCAAUGUGUGUAGCCGGGGCUGCAGCUCGCAAUAAUCACUAUGAUUUAAAGCUUUAUUUAGCCUUCAUCUGUACCCUCGUAGUCAAUAAGGUCUUGCCACAUUUUACUAGUGAGGUUGAGAGAUGUAUUAUUUGUUUGUUGUUCUGCCCCUUCCCCAAUAUUAAACUGUGAAAUUUGUGAUUUGUUUAAAACUCUGGGUGAAUCAUAGCUUAGUUUGCAUGUCCAGCUAAUUUGUUUCUAUACAUUUUGUUUGAUUCUCUUUCUCCUCUCAGGGCUUUUACAAAAAUAUAUAUAUAUAUAUAUGGAUCUUCUGAAAAGUUUUUUGAGGUGCAAGUUUUUUUUCUCUCUCUCUCUUUUUUUUUUUCUCGUUGAUUAAUGGACACAAUGCUGAGAUUCAAUCACUACAUGAACCACCUGGCUGUGAAAACAGAACAGAAAAGACCCCAAAGGGCUGUUGUCCAGGCAGCUCUGGGGAAGCUACGUUAACAGUCGGAUGCCAGUUUCGGAAAGAUUCAUCAUGUUCUGACUCUCUGUUCGUCUCUUUCCUCUCCUCUCUUUCUCCAAGAAGGAAGUUGAUCCUAGUGAUUUCAGCCCAUGCAUUAAACAGGAAACAAUAAUAAAUGUCUAGAAUUCAUCUUUUUCUAAAGGGAACUUAAAAACUGCUGCUACAUGUUAAUGUACAAAACUGGUUUAUGCCACAUGAACAGAGAAUCACAAGUUUGGUUUUGGUACUUUUUGUUCCUCUUUGUAUUCAGUUGUAUAGAACUUCCAAAUUCAGAAUAAAAAGAAAGCUGUUGUGUAUCAAACCAUCUAAGCAAUAAAUGUUAUAUUUUAAAAGCGGCA